AUGCUAUCAUUUCAUAAAAUUGCAGGGCCGAGCAGAGAUGAUGAUCACAGUUUAACUUCAUACGAAUUGCCGAUGGCUUUCAUGUACAGUGGUAUAAGUAGCUCUGGGUCCUUAAUCCCAGAUAUUUUGAACAAUACUGAACUAUCUACAUCUUCCGUUGAUGUUGCCACGCCGUCAGAGCAAUUCGCUACAGAAUUUAGUGCAUCUAUGGGGACUUUCGAGUCCAUUUUCAAAAAAUUGAGAAGUAGUAACGCAGAUGAAAGGGCUACAGCUUCCAAAUAUUUGGAAAUUUGUUUGUUAUCUUUUGCUAGGGAGUUAUCUAAUGAACAGUUUCAGCAAUUUAAUAAUCAUGUUCAUACGAAAAUUAAAGAACUGGUAAAUAAUAGCCAUCCAGAUGAACAAUUGGCCGCCUUGGCCGCAAUCUCAACAUUAAUAAACUUUUAUUCCGAAAUUGAGGAGCUUCCCAACCAAGUACCCAAAUUGCUUAGUUAUAUUCGUGUUCUAAUACCAUCAAGAUAUACAAGCGUGAUGCGUAGGGCUGCAGAAACACUAGGACAGCUGGUGAUUCCAGGAGCUACCUUAACUUCUGAUUUUGUGGAAUCAGAAGUUAAAUUGUGUUUAGAAUGGCUUACCACUUCACCUGAACAUACUUCCCCUAACUCAAAAGCAGAAGCUAAAAAACAUGCGGCUAUACUAAUAAUAUCAUCUUUAGCAAAGAGUGCGCCCUAUAUCCUGUACCCGUAUGUGACGCAGAUUCUAGACAGUGUAUGGAUAGCGUUCCGGGAUAAGAAGGAGGAGAUGAGGCUCGAUACUGCUACUAUGGUCAAGAGUUGUCUUGUUAUUAUUCAAAGAAGAGACAGGACAGUGGUGUUACAGUGGUACCAAAAGCUAUUAGAAUCAUGUUCACAUGAAGCUCAUUCGAAUACUAUUGAGUCAGUACAUUCUUGUUUAUUGCUUUACAAGGAGCUUCUCAUUCUAAAACAUCCUUGCUUGAACGAGUAUUACGAAGAAAUCUUUCAAACAGCAUGGACUUUUAGAGGCCAUAAAUCUACAAUGAUAAGACAUGAAACAUAUGCCUUAAACUCAUUACUAGCGUCAUUCGAUUCGAAAUUGUUUGCGUCAAAAUAUUUGAAUGAAACCAUUGUAGAGUAUUUGUCAAAAUUUCAGAAUAUGAACAUCAAUAGUGCAUACAAAACUGACAGGGGUCAUAUUUUGAGGUCAAUUGGUAUUAUUUCAUCAGAAGUUGGUGAAGACAUUUGUCCCUAUCUGACGCCUUUGCUCGAUAUUAUUAGAAAUGGCCUUUUAACGAAAUUCAAAGCCCGUAAAAGUUUCGAAAAAGAAUUAUUCUAUUGCACAAGUCAGCUAACACUAGCAUGUGGUUCAAAAAUGUUAAAAUAUCUUAGUAAUGGUCUUCUCGACUUAUUACUCACCUGCAAUAUCUCAACGCAUAUGGAAGAAACGUUACAAACAAUUACGAAUAUCUUACCUACGCUUCAGGACAAAACGAACUCUAAAUUACUGGAUCUUGUGUCACAAUUAUUAUCUGGUAAUAACUUUAAGCCGCCUGGCUCUCCAGUGAUUUUAAAGCCAGUUUCUUUGGAACUUGCGAGGCAAUUAAGGAAUUCUAAUGAACUACAGAAAAAUCUUGUAGUAAAUGACGAUGUUAAUGAUGUGAACACCCUAAUACAUGCAUUAAAAAUGCUACAGCAUAUUGAAAGUCCUUAUCCUUUGUCAGAGUUUGCAAAAGAUGUUGUCAUAAUGUACAUCGAACAUAAUGAUCCCCGAAUAAGAAAACUGGCUGCUCUAACGACAUGUGUGGUUUUUGCGAAAGAUAAUAUAUGCAAACAAACAUCAUUAAAUGCCCUAAAUACGGUAGAGGAAGUUUUAUCCAAGCUCUUAACUGUUGCAAUCACGGAUCCUAUCCCUGAAAUCAGACUAGAGAUUCUAAAACACUUGGAUGAUGGAUUUGAUACACAGUUAGCGCAGCGUGAGAAUAUGCUUCUUUUAUUUACAGCGUUGAACGAUGAAGUUUUUGCAAUCCGUGUAGAAACAUUGAAAAUUAUUGGUAGACUAACAGCUAUUAAUCCUGCAUAUCUAAUUCCCUCUCUAAGAAAGUUACUCUUAGAGUUGCUCACGGAGUUAAAAUAUCUAAAAAUUCCUAGGAAAAAUGAGGAAAGUUUAACUCUACUAUGUCAUUUGAUCAGUUCUACGAAGGAAAUCACAAAACCCUAUAUUCAACCACUAUUGGAUGUAUUAUUGUUGAAAGCACAAGAUAAAUCAGGUGUUAUUGCUUCGAUUGCAUUAAAAUCAAUAGGGAAAUUGUCGUUAGUUGGAGGUGAGGAAAUGAAAACCCACAUUCCAAGAUUAAUGCCGUUAUUUAUCAACACCUUACGGGACCAAUCAAAUUUUUACAAGAGAGAAGCAGUACUCAAAACACUUGGCCAACUUUCGACGGCCUCAGGCUACGUUAUCGAACCCCUUUUAGACUAUCCAGAAUUGUUGGGUGUAUUGACCAAUGUAUUGAGGUCAGAUUCUCCACAAAAUAUCAAAAGAGAAACAGUGAGAGUUCUUGGCAUACUUGGCGCAUUAGAUCCUUAUAAGUUAAGAGAGUCCUCUGAUACAAGUCUGGCCAUAGAGCAAAAUACACCUGCUAUUGAUGUUGCACUAUUGAUGCAAAAUAUGUCACCUUCAAAUGAUGAAUACUUUUCUACUGUCGCAAUCCAUACGUUGCUCAAAAUUCUAAAGGAUAACUCCCUAACUUUGCAUCAUACCGCAGUUGUGCAAGCUAUUCUGCAUAUAUUUCAAACGCUUCAUCUCCGUUGUGUUUCAUUUUUAGGUCGAAUUAUUCCAGCUAUAAUAUCUGUUAUGCAAAACUGUUCAGCUUCAUUACUGGAAUUCUACUUUCAGCAGAUCAAUUUGUUAGUAAUGAUUGUUAGACAACAUAUUCGUCCGUACGCAGAUGGCAUAUUUGGUACUUGUCAAAGCUUUUUUGGUAUUAAAAAGCUCCAGAUUACUAUAAUAUCGUUGAUUGAAUCGAUUUGUAAGGCCUUAGAAGGCGAAUUCAAACGCCUAGUUCCUUCUACGUUAACAUUGUUUUUAAAUGUACUUGAAAAUGAUAAAUCCACUGACAAAAGUGUUUCUCAAAGAAUAUUAAAAUGUAUUAUUGCAAUGGGUAGCAAUCUAGAAGAGUACACACACCUUAUCCUACCUCAAGUGAUACGAAUAACAGAAGCUUCUAAUAAGCACCUACAGAGGUCAGCAAUUAUAACAUUGGGACGCCUGGCAAAACACGUUAAGCUAUCUGAGAUGUGUUCAAGAAUCAUACAAACUUCUCUGCGUCUUUUAAAUACAGGUGACAUUGCAAUUAUAGAGAUCACAAUGAAUACUUUGAGUCUGAUCCUUUUACAAAUGAAUAAUGAAUUUACUAUUUUCGUUCCUAUUGUGAAUAGAACAUUGAUACAAAAAAAUAUUCAAAAUUCAGUCUAUGAUCAACUUGUGAAUAAGUUAUUAAACAAUGAGCAACUUCCGUCAACUAUAUUGUUGGAUGAUGAGGAAGAGGGUGAAGAAGACCUUGUUACACGGGAAGCAGAGGCUUCAACGGAUAAAUUACCAAUCAAUCAGUCAGUACUUAAAGUGACGUGGGACUGCAGCCAGCAACGUACUAGAGAAGAUUGGCAGGAGUGGAUUAGAAGGUUAUCCCUCCAGUUACUCAAAGAAUCUCCUUCACAUGCGCUACGGGCAUGUUCAGGGUUGGCCAGUGUUUAUUAUCCUCUGGCUAGAGAGCUUUUUAACGUCUCUUUUGCCAGUAUCUGGUCCGAACUCUACACACAAUAUCAAGAAGAUUUAAUACAGUCCCUAUGUCAUGCACUCAGUUCCCCACAAAAUCCACCUGAAAUCCAUCAAACAUUACUGAAUCUUGUAGAAUUUAUGGAACACGAUGAUAAGGCGCUUCCUAUCUCAUCCCAGACGUUGGGAGAAUAUGCAGAGAAAUGUCAUGCAUAUGCUAAAGCCCUCCAUUUUAAAGAAGCUAAGUUUUUACAAGAGCCCGUUGAUAACUCGAUAUUUGAAUCUUUGAUCAGUAUAAAUAAUCAGAUACACCAAAACGAUUCAGCGGUUGGUAUUUUGAAGUACGCUCAAAAACAUUACGAUUUACCUUUGCAAGAAACUUGGUAUGAAAAACUACAAAGAUGGGAAGAUGCUUUAGAUGCCUAUUCUAAACGAAGAGAGGCGGGCGAUAAUUCGAAUGAGGUAAUUAUGGGACAAAUGAGAUCAUAUCAUGCAUUAAGUGAUUGGGACAACUUGUCCAAAAUUGCUUCUGAAAGAUGGACCAUUUCUGAUUUGAACAUUCAAAAAAAAAUGGCGCCUCUAGCGGCCAGUGCAGCAUGGAGUUUGGGAGAAUGGGAUAAAAUUGAACAAUAUAUCGACGUAAUGAAGGACCAGUCCCCAGACAGAGAGUUCUUCGGUGCGGUCCUAUCCUUACAUAGAAAUGACUUUGAUGAAGCAGAACGACGCAUUUUUAACGCUAGAGAUCUACUUGUUACUGAGAUUUCAGCUUUGCUUAAUGAAAGUUAUAAUCGAGCAUAUAAUGUCAUCGUCAGAAGUCAACUUAUCACCGAACUUGAAGAAAUCAUUGUUUUCAAAAAACUUCCCACUUAUUCUCCCAAGAGUGCUACAAUAAGGAAUACGUGGAAUAAAAGAUUAUUAGGAUGCCAAAAGAGCGUAGAUGUUUGGCAAAGAGCAUUAAAGGUGAGAUCCCUGGUCAUUAAACCAAAACAGGAUAUGCACAUGUGGAUCAAGUUUGCCAAUCUAUGUAGAAAAUCAGGUAAGUUGAAUUUGGCUGAGAAGGCGCUAAACACCUUGCUUGAAGAUAAUUCGGAUCCCGCACAUUCAUCUAAAGCGGCACCACCAGUGGUUUAUGCUCAGUUGAAAUAUUUAUGGGCAAGUGGCGCUAAUGAAGAGGCUUUACGUUAUCUGAUAGGAUUCACUUCAAGGAUGGUUCAUGACUUGGGUCUUGACCCAAAUAACAUGAUUGCCCAGAGUGUGAUACAAAAUGCGACUGUAUCACCCUCCUUUUUUGAAGAAUACACAAAAUUACUUGCAAGAUGUUUCCUGAAACAAGGUGAAUGGAGAAUCGCGCUCCAGCCAAAUUGGACAGUCGAAAAUCCUGAUGCAAUUUUAGGGUCAUACCUUUUAGCAACGCAUUUUGACGAAAGAUGGUACAAAGCUUGGCACAAUUGGGCCCUCGCAAAUUUUGAAGUAAUUUCAACUAUAACAGCAAAUAAGAGUAUAGGAUUCGCCACCGAAACUGAUGAUUUCCAGGUAGACAAGAAGGACGAUAUUGAAUUCGGUACAAUCGAGAUAAAUAAAAGGAAAUACCCGGCAGAACUAAUUCAAAGGCAUGUUGUACCUGCCAUAAAAGGGUUUUUCCAUUCUAUUUCCUUAUCUGAAGCUAGCGCUCUUCAAGAUACUCUGAGAUUGCUAACACUGUGGUUUACUUUUGGUGGGACGUCUGAGGCUGCAGCCGCCAUGUAUGACGGUUUCAAGCUCAUAAAGAUUGGAAACUGGUUGGAGGUGCUACCGCAGUUAAUCUCCCGUAUCCAUCAACCUGACGAACUCGUUAGUAGAUCCCUUUUAUCUCUACUUUCUGAUCUAGGUAAGGCACAUCCACAAGUAUUGGUGAAUCCACUAAUUGUUGCAAUCAAAUCGGGAUCUUUAUCUCGACAAGUGGCUGCAAGAUCUAUUAUUGAAAAAAUGAGAGUGCACAGCUCACUUUUAGUUGAUCAAGCCGAAUUAGUAUGUGAUGAAUUGAUUCGUGUUGCCGUUUUAUGGCAAGAACAAUGGUAUGAAGGGCUAGAAGAUGCAAGUAGGCAAUACUUUGGAGAGCAUAACACAGAAAAAAUGUUUGCAACGAUAGAACCAUUACAUGAGCUAUUGAGCCAUCCUCCAGAAACGCUAGAAGAGGCUUCUUUCGAAAAUACUUAUGGACGUGACUUAAAUGAUGCUUAUGAGUGGAUACAAAAUUAUAAACGUACCAAAGACGUAAGCCAUUUAAAUCAGGCAUGGGAUAUUUAUUACAAUGUUUUUCGCAGGAUCAGUAGGCAACUACCACAAAUGCAAACAUUAGAAUUACAAAAUGUCUCCCCAAAAUUACUUGCCGCUCGCGAUCUAGAGCUAGCAGUUCCUGGUACAUAUAGUACUGGUAAACCUAUUACAAAGAUCUCCUUCUUCGAUCCUACAUUCUCUGUUAUUUCAUCAAAACAGAGACCAAGGAAAGUUAAUAUUAGAGGUAGCGAUGGUAAGAAUUACCAGUAUGCACUAAAAGGACAUGAAGACAUCAGACAAGAUAAUUUGGUUAUGCAGUUAUUUGGUCUGGUCAACACACUGCUAGAACAUGAUCCAGAUUGUUUCCAAAGACACUUGGAUAUACAACAAUUUCCCGCCAUUCCAUUAUCACCUAAGUCAGGACUAUUAGGUUGGGUUCCUAAUAGUGAUACAUUCCAUGUUUUGAUAAGAGAGCAUAGAGAUGCCAACAAAGUUCCAUUGAAUAUCGAACACUGGGUAAUGCUGCAGAUGGCUCCUGAUUAUGAUAAUAUAACCCUAUUACAAAAAAUCGAAGUUUUCCAGUAUGCAAUGGAGAAUACAAAAGGCCAAGAUUUAGCCCAAAUUUUAUGGUUAAAGAGUAGAUCCUCUGAGAUCUGGCUAGACAGAAGGACUGUUUUUAUAAGGUCAUUGGCAGUGAUGUCAAUGGUUGGAUACAUACUUGGUCUAGGAGAUCGUCAUCCAAGUAACCUGCUAUUAGAUAAAAUAACGGGCAAAGUUGUUCAUAUUGAUUUUGGUGAUUGUUUUGAGGCAGCGAUACUGAGAGAAAAGUUCCCUGAAAAAGUUCCAUUUAGACUAACUCGUAUGUUAAUAAAUGCUAUGGAAGUUAGUGGAAUUGAAGGUACUUUCCGCAUUACGUGUGAAAAUGUUAUGAGGGUACUUAGAGAUAAUAAAGAAUCCUUGAUGGCGAUUUUAGAAGCUUUCGCAUAUGAUCCUCUAAUUCAGUGGGGUUUUGAUUUGCCAACCGAAAAGAUUAUUGAAGAGACCGGCAUUCAACUGCAGUUGUCUGACGCAAAUGAAUUACUAAGAAAAGGUGUGGUGACGGCUGAAGAAGCAAGAAAACUGGAGGCCGAAGAGCGUACUGAAAUUAGGAACGCCAGAGCUGUUCUUGUUCUGAGGCGUAUCACUAACAAACUAACCGGUAAUGACAUAUCUAGAUUCAAAGAGCUAAAUGUCCCCGAGCAAGUAGACAAAUUGAUUAUUCAAGCAAUGUCGAUAGAAAAUCUUUGCCAACACUAUGUUGGAUGGUGUCCCUUUUGGUAA